AUGCUCGCCCAGAAGGCUCUGCGAGUGACGCGCUGCAGCUGCGGCGUCCUGCGUUCGACCCGCGCUUUCUCGACAGAGGUGCCCUCCGAGUCCUCGAGCUCCACCGCCCCCUCCGCCCCUUCAACCUCCCAAGCGUCGACCUCUGAUCUCGACACUCUUGCGGCAGCGCUGAACGAUGCUCCGCCGACACCGACACAAUCCUCGCGCCGACCGCCGCAGAAGAAGUUCGGGCGACGAUCAGGCCCGACGCACGCUGAGAAGGCGCGGUUCAACGACAGUCUCCGGCGGAUAUUCCAGGACCUCGAGCGGAGCCAUUUCGGGCCGAGCAAGGUGACGGCGUCGUGGGAGGCGAUGACGCGCAUGCCCGCGGUGCGAUUGAGGAAGGAGGACGACUCGCGGGAGCUGAACGCAGCGAUCGACGCUCUCGUUGAGGACCUGGCGGCGCAGCGGACGCCGGCCGACGUGCUCGCGUGGGCGGAGGACAACGUCUUCAAGCCUGAGGAGAGCAGCCCUGAGCCGAUGCCGAGUGCCGUUGCCCUCCACGGGAGCCAGAGCUCUGGCCCCACCUGGCCCAAGACGUACCCGAAGGCUCUUGGAGCGCUGAUCUCGCAUCUCCGCCAGCUGGACGCGCCGCACCUCGCCCUCGCCAUGUUCGAGCAUGCGCGCAACCUGGGUGUUGAGAGCUACAUCGCCGGUUGCCAGACGAGUGCGUACAACGAGCUCAUCCGCGUGCGCUGGGAGUGCUUCCGUGACCUGAAGGGCGUGUUCCAGGCCGUCAAGGAGAUGGAGGGUGCCGCCGUUGCUUGGGACAGGUUCACGAACCGUGUCGUCGAGGACGUCGUGCAGCAGGUCGGUGCCGAGAUGCUCGAGAAGCCGGAUGCGUGGGGACCGGACGCCUACGAGAUGCUCGCCGGGCUCGAGAAGAGUAUCGCCCUCGACCACAAGAUUGAGCAGCAGGUCUUCGAGCGCGGCACAUUCUUCCGCGAGCGGGAGCGCGUGCGCACGUACGGCAACCACCGCGAUCGCGAGUAUGAGCACGGUGGUCGCGAGUACGAGCACAGUGGCGAGCAGUUCAACUUUGGCCGCGAGCGUGGACGCCGCGAUGACUUCGGAGACUACUAG